CUUGCUGCUUUUUGAGGGCCUGGGGCCAAUUAUCCCCAUCAAUUAGCACCAAUUAGCAGCAGCUCUGCAGGUAGGAUAAAGGCAGGGCAGGGAGACUACAGGAGCUGAUGAUGGUCAUGGAGGGCUUUGUCUAUUCCCCCUUUGGCACCUACCAGAGCUUCAGGGGCGGCCUCAGCCGCGGCCGGGACCCGGGGGUGAAGCAGCCCAGCUGGAAGCAGAGCAAGGGCGGCGGCAUCAGCCCCUUCCUCAGCGGCCCCCUCAGCCCGCUGCCCUCCGACUACCUGGACAGCUACCGGCGGGCCCAGCUGCAGGCCCUGCUCUCCCAGAUGAACCCCGGCCUGAUGCCGCGGCUGCGCCGGGCCGACACUAAGGAGGCGGGGGUGCAGGUGAACCUGCGGGCCGAGGCGGCCGUGCAGUGCUCGCUGGGGCCGCGCACCCUGCCCCUCGGCCGCCCCCUCAGCCCCGCCGCCCUCCGCGCCCACGGACGCCCCGCCCUCUACUCCCCCGUGCCGGCCCGCCGCCGCCUCUUCACCCUGCCCGAGGUCGCGGCACCCCGGGAGAAAGAGGAGGUGUCUGAAACGGUCCCCCAGGAGCAGAAGACGGAGGAUGGCGGCGGAGAGCAGCAGGACAGCCGGGCGGAGACUGCCCUGCCGAGCGAGGCGACAGUGGAGACACCGGGGGAGGGGGCGGCGGCGGCCCCCAGACGGCGGGCUGCCUUCCAGUUUCUGGAGCAGAAGUAUGGCUAUUUCCACUGUAAAGACUGCAAGACCAGAUGGGAGAGCGCGUAUGUGUGGUGCAUUUCUGGAAGCAACAAGGUGUACUUCAAGCAGCUCUGUCGCAAAUGCCAAAAGGGCUUCAAUCCCUAUCGAGUGGAAGCAAUCCAGUGCCAGACCUGUUCAAAGACUCGUUGUUCCUGCCCUCAGAAGAAAAGACACAUUGAUCUCAAGAGACCUCAUCGCCAAGAACUCUGUGGCCGCUGCAAAGGCAAGAGGCUGUCCUGUGAUAACACCUACAGCUUCAAAUACAUUGUCUGAGCCGAUUGUCCUCUUCUGUUCUGUGCUUUGCACUUUGUCAGUCUCCUGCAAUGUUUUGACUUUAGGCUUUUGACCUGGCAUUGGAUAAUGGAUGAAGACUUUUGUAGUAUUUAUAAAUUACAUAGCUUCGUUGUAUGUAGGCUGCAAAUAAAAAAACAAUAAAAGUUUGCAAU